ACUGGGUCUCGCCCGAUCAGUAGCCUCCACCUUCCCAAUUUUUCAUUAUAAAAGCCCCGAGUCUUACCCCCCUCUUCUGCCUCCACAAAAGAAAAAGCAUCCUUAUGAAAGAGCCAGUUGGAUUUCCUCCUUCUUUGUCUGGUGGAUGAACCCUCUUAUGUGGCUUGGGUCCAAGAAGGAUUUGGAAUUAGACGAUCUGUUCGGAGUUCCACAGGAAGACGAAUCGGAAAUUUUGGGAGAAAAACUUCAGAGACAAUGGGAGAGGGAAUUGAAGACCGCGAACAUCUUAGACGGCCACUUGGACACGGGACAAAUGACGAAGAAGGAAAAGCAGAAGAUCAAAACGCCGAGUUUACUGAAAGCUAUCAUCAGGACUUUUGGAGGGAAGUACGCUCUGACUGGGAUCCUCGCCUUCAUCGAAGAAUGCGUGUUGAAGGUGGCUCAGCCGGUAUUCAUGGCUUUGCUGAUCCGAUACUUCUCCGGGAACUGGAAAUAUGGAAACGAGACAUAUUGGGGCUGGCUAUUUGGUACCGGUGUCAUACUAUGCUCACUUCUAUACAUUUUUACGCAUCAUGCUCUCUUUUUCAUUAUCGGAAGAUGCGGGAUGCAGAUCAGAGUCGCGUGUGGAUCCAUCAUCUACAGAAAAGCGUUGAAACUGAGCAAAUGUGCACUGAGUCGAACGACCUCGGGUCAGAUGGUGAACCUCCUAUCCAACGAUGUCAACAGAUUCGACCAAUCGGUCAUUUACCUCCACUAUUUGUGGAUAGGACCGAUUCAGGCUAUCAUCUCGACAGUAAUCCUUUGGCUCGAAUUUGGGAUCUCCUCCCUCUCAGGCAUUGCUUUCCUCAUCCUCUUCGCGUCUUCUCAAGGUCAGAUGGGGCGGUGGUUUUCCCGUCUCCGUUCGAUGACUGCCAAGAAAACAGACGAAAGGGUUCAACUCAUGAACGAAAUCUUGAAUGCCAUGAGAGUAAUCAAGAUGUACGCGUGGGAAAAACCUUUUGCCAAAAUGGUCGACCUUGCUAGAGAGAACGAGAUCAAUGUCGUCAGAAGGACGUCUCUUCUCCGGGGCAUUAACAUAGGCAUUUUCUAUCCUUCGUCCAAAAUCAUUCUCCUCGUCAAUCUUAUCGUCUAUUUGGUGCUCGGCAAUGAACUCACUGCUGCAAAGGUGUUCCUCGCUGUGGCCGUGUAUAACAACAUACGAAUGACCAUGACCUAUUACUUCCCUUUUGGGGUUGCUCAAGCAGCGGAAGCUGUCAUCUCUAUCAAACGACUGCAGGAAUUCCUCCUCCAUGAGGAACUAAGGAAGCCAAACCACUACUUGGAAUCCAGUCCCAAUGUCCUCUGUGAUGCGAAUCUAAGAAAAUCUACAAAAAAUUUGGUCAAGAAUGGAAAUCCGGGAAUCGAGAUGAAGAAUGCAAUAGCCUCAUGGACGAAAGGUCAAGACAGCAUCGUCCUCAAGGGCGUCUCAGUAUCCGUGAAACCUGGCCAACUGGUUGCAGUCAUAGGUCCCGUUGGCAAUGGAAAGGUCUGGAUGCAAAUUAUUCUUCCUCAUUCUUGCCACAUUCAAGGUAUAAGCGCUCUUUUAAAAGAAGCACUGAGUUCUGAUGGUUUUUGUGCCGAUAGAGCGUUGUACCAAGAAGCAGACAUUUACCUGUUGGACGACCCAUUGUCAGCGGUAGACGCUCGUGUAGGACGACACCUAUUCAACAAAUGCAUCAUGGGAUACUUGAAAGACAAGCCGAGGAUAUUGGUCACUCAUCAGCUUCAGUUCCUCCAAAAGGCAGACGUCAUCAUCGUCUUAUCACAUGGGAAAGUGGCGACGAGUGGCACGUACGACGAACUGCUGAAAUCAGGAGUAGAUUUCACGAAAUUGAUGGCCAAACGUGAGAUUUCUCAACAGCUAAAGGAAGAGCUGUCGUCGACGAGGAGAACUAGAACCUAUACUAAUGAAAGCUUGCAAAGUCUGGACUCUCAGACUUGCAUGGAGGAGGGACCUCCAACGAAAUUAGGAGAAAAAGACACUACACCGACACUCGCAGAAGAAAUGAGAUCUCGUGGGAGUUUAUCAGGAAGGAUAUACUGGAAUUACCUGAAGGCAGGUGCUGGAUGGUUCCUUCGCCUUCUCCUAAUUGCCAGUUUCAUUCUCACUCAGACUGCAUUCUCGGGCUCUGAUUGGUGGCUCUCGUACUGGUUCGUGCUCCCUAUCAAUGUUUCUGCCUUCCUCUCGAAGGAAGUCACUUUGAAGACUAAUGCUCAGCAGGAAGCAGCAAACAGAACCAAUGGUUCAACAGUGGAGAUACUCUUCGGCAAUCCACAACUGGAUCCAUGGACACCUAUGUACAUCUACGUGGCGAUCGUGGUAGCCUUGUUUUUACUUUCCAUCUUCAGGACGGUGUUGUUCUUCCACGUCUGCAUGAAUUCUUCCAUCAACCUUCAUUCUCGCAUGUUCAAAUCUGUACUUCGAGCCCCAGUCACCUUCUUCGAUAACAAUCCAGUUGGCCGGAUCCUGAACAGAUUCAGUAAGGACGUCGGAGCAUCAGACGACGUGCUACCUCCAACGGCUUCCGCCAGUCUCGGAGUAUUGUCCCAAUUACUAGGCAUCACAGUUCUGCUCUGCAUUGUCAAUUACUAUAUCGUCAUUUGCACGAUCGUCGUCUUGGCGGUCUUCAGUUUCAUACGACACUUCUAUCUGAAUACGGCCAGAGAUCUGAAGCGCCUUGAAUCCAUCACACGAAGUCCGGUCUUUUCUCAUCUGAGUGCUUCCUUGAACGGGCUGGCGACCAUCAGAGCUUCGCAUGCCGAGAAUAUCUUCAUGAAGGAGUUUGACAAGCAUCAAGUGAGGCAUAAAACCAGUAUUUUGCUUUCGUACUUGGUUACAAGAGAGAAUAUAUCCAAUGUCUCGAUCUCUCGAUUUCACAGAAUCUUCAUACUUCCUCAUGGUUCCUUUUCCUAUCUGGCACCCGAUGGUUUGGUAUUUGGUUGGACUGAAGCACUAGGUGGGGAUGUGGGGCUCGCAAUAUCCUCGGCAAUUAUGCUGACAGGGAUGGUUCAAUUGGGUGUACGACAGAGUGCAGAAUUGGAAAAUCAGAUGGUAUCUGUGGAAAGAAUCAUGGAAUAUUCCCGUUUGAAAGAAGAGGCGGCCCUUGAAUCUCCCCCUGACAAGAAGCCACCUUUAGGCUGGCCAUCAGAAGGGCAUGUGAAAUUCGAGCACGUUUCCCUACGAUAUGACCCUGACUCAUCGCCGGUGCUCAAGGACCUCACAUUCACAAUAGCGGCCAAAGAAAAGGUGUGCAACUCAACCUUAAGAAAUCGUCAAUCCUCCUGCAUGAGGAAGAAGGAUGCCAUAAUCCUUUGCCCUUCCACCCUUACACCUCUGGGGAGAACAGGAGCAGGGAAGUCAUCGCUGAUAACCGCCCUUUUCCGUCUCACGGAACCUGAGGGUAAAAUCCUCUUGGACGGAAGAGACACCAAGGCAACGAGCUGCUACAGAAUGAGAAAGGCUUUUUCUCUGAACUGGUUGGCCAGACAGGACCAGGAGCAACAAGACGGCUUCAUCUCGCUGCCGCAAGGUUGGCAGCCAUGGCUCCGAUCGAACAAGCAACUCUUCGCCCCAUCGUCUACUACGAGUUCCUCCAAGGACACUCUGCGAGAGCCGCCGCGGAUCUGCGCUGCAUUCAAGGGCAACGUCGUCCACUAUUCCACAGUGUCUCGAUGGUUCAAACGCUUGGAAUCUAGCGGCCCGACCUUCGGAGAUCGAACACGCUCAGGACGUCCAUCUACAGUCGAUGACGAAGCCCUGCGGAACGCCCUCAACGCGAAGCCGAACGCCACCACUCGCGAAUUGGCGACUUCACUUGGAGUCACCCAUAUGGCCAUCGGCAACCAUCUGAACGACCUCGGCUAUCGGAAGAAAGUGUUGCAAGACUUUCUUUCCAACCCAAUAGAUGGUCAAGCACAUCUACUCUCCUACAGGUUGCCAGCUGGAAAUGAUAUCCGUUUUCAAGAUGAAUUCCAGCUGGCCAAACCCAUCUACUACCGGGAUGGA